CCCCAACCACAUUUAUCGAACACGCCCCUGUCUACCUCGAUCCCUCUCCCACCCCCGUGCCACCCACCGCCGACCCGGUCCCCCGCAUCCUUCGCCCCAUCCCCAACCUCGCCGCCAUGGCCACCACCCCUCUGAACAUGGAGACGAUGUCUCUUGAGUUCGAGCAAUUCUUCUCGGAUGUCCUUGACGCCCCGGAGCGCUCCUUCAUCCCGACGACCAUCCGGCGCCUGCCGGCGGCUCUGGAUGGCCGCGAGCAGGCGGCUGCCGGGUCGCUGGCCGUGGCCAAGGCGUGCUACACGGCCGUCGAGCAGGCGCAUCCGCUGGCCCCGCUGCCCUCCCUGCUUACGGAGGGCUUCGACCAUGAGCAGAUCUGGUCGAUGAUUGAGUUGCGCAACGAGCCGCUGCUGGCCUGGCUGGACGACCUGCUGGAGGUUCCGCGCGAGACCCUCCUGGAGGCGCAGCUGAAGGACGCCGAGCAGCUCGGUCUGCUGAAGGGGUCUAGGACCGCCGGCUCGCGCGCUGGUGCCGACUCCGAUGAUGAGGACAUGGACUCUGACUCGGAAGACGACUUCGACAUGGACCUGGAUUCUGAGGAUGACGAUCUCCCUCAGGCGGCCUCCGGCAAGAAGAAGGCCCCGAAGGCCCCGGUCGCCCCGGUCAAGAAGACCCGCCGCGUGGGCAUCCUCGAGGUGGAGUCCGAGGAGGACACCGAGGACGAGGAUGAUGAGGCUGCCCUCAAGCCAACCCCCAAGAUGAAGGAUGACGACUUCGAUUUCGAUGAUGAUGACGAUGACCUCGGCGAUGAUGACGAUGAUAUCGAUAUGUUUGCCGCUCUCCCCUCGGAUGAUGAUGAGGACGCCGGCGCCAUCAUGGGCAAGGACUUCUUCGGCGAGGAUGAGGGCCCGGACGCGUGGAAGAUGCCUGGCGCCUCGGAUGACGAGGACGACGAGGAAUCCGGCACGAAGAAGGCCAAGCCGAAGUCCACCCGGCGGGUGACCUUCGCCAUGGACGCCGAUGAGGACGAUGCCAUGGCUGUGGAUGCCUCGGACAGCGACGAGGAUGCCGGGUCCGACAUGGACCUGACAGCCGGCCUGGCCAUGCACGACACCGACGAGGAGGAUGGCGAUGACGACGACGACGACGACGACGACGAUGACGACCAUGGCGAGGCAGAUGAUGCCGAUGAGGAGGAGGAAACCGAGCGCUUCAUGGAGAAGACCCGCGGCAAGCGCCGGGCCGAUGCGGCGGCCGCCGCCCUGGCUGGUCCGCAGAGCAAGAAGCGCAAGCUCUUCGGCGAUGAUGGUGAUGAUGAUGACCAGCUGGUCGGGGAGGACGGCGCGCCGCUGAGCCGGCACGCGCGUGAGCUCCUCAAGCAACAGGAGGCCAUGCGUCAGCUGGAGGACGAGUCUCUCGGCAAGUCGCACUGGAUGCACCGUGGUGAGGUGGGCUCCAAGGCCCGGCCGACCAACUCCCUGCUGGAGGAGAACCUGGAGUUUGACCAGACCGCCCGCUCGGCCCCGGUGGUCACCGAGGAGUACACCCUGACCAUUGAGGAGCUCAUCAAGCAGCGUAUUCGCGACGAGAUCUGGGACGACCCGGUCCGCAAGGCGGCCCCCUCGCUGGCCUCCACCCUCUUUGAGAACCCGCCGACCCAGGUGGAGCUGGACGACCAGAAGAGCAAGCAGUCCCUGGCAGACAUUUAUGCCGAUGAGCAUGUCGAGAAGACCACCGGCUUCAGUGCCAAGAGCCAGGAGGUCGAGGCCAAGUGCGUGGAGAUCACCACCAUGAUUGACACCCUCUUCGGCAAGCUGGAUGCUCUGGCCAACUUUGCCUACACCCCGAAGCAGCCCAAGGUCGAGGUCAAGCACAUCAGCCAUGCCCCGGCCCUCACGGUGGAGUCGGUGGUGCCGGCGGCCUUCAGCUCCGCCUCGCGCCUGGCUCCGGAGGAGCUGCACUCGACCAAGACCGACAAGGAUUCGGGCAUUGUCACGCAUGGCCGCGGGCGCCUGGUGGCUGGCACGACCGAGGUCACGUCGGACGAGCGCCGCCGGGUGCGCAACGCUCGCAAGCGCUCGGCUCGUCUGGAGCGCAAGCGCACCGAGACCGCCGAGGCCCGGCGCGCCGUGGACGAGGCUUCCGGCGAGGCGGCCAUGCGCCAGCUCCGUGGUGCCAAGAACAUCACGGUCGUCGGGGCUGCCCUGCAGAAGCAGGUUUAUGGCAAGAAGGCCGGCAAGAAGGCGGCCUCUGCCCCGACCGGCCCGGCCGACACCACCAAGUACACCUCCAGUGCGGCGGUCUUCCGCCGUCUGCAAGACGACCAGGAGCAGCGCGCAGCCGGCAAGGAGCGUCGUGCGGCGGCCGCUGCCGGGCGCAACUCCGCCGAGGCCAAGAGCAAGUCCCUUCGUCUGUGA